GGUUACUCGAAGCUGCCAUUUUGAUUCGUACGACGUGGUUGUUCGAGGCAAGGAGGGCCCAAACACCAUUCCUGUGGGACAUUUUCAGAGGCACAAUCAAGUUACAGGUAGCAUACAGAAUGUUUAUUCUUGACUGGUUUGCAGGCAUUUUAAAUUACUUAGGUUUGUACAGAAAAUCUGGAAAGCUAAUAUUUCUGGGUUUGGACAAUGCGGGAAAAACUACCCUAUUGAGCGUUCUUAAAGAAGGUCAUAUGGUCCAGCCAGUGCCAACAUUACACCCCACCUCUGAGGAUUUGUCAAUGGGUGGUAUGAGGUUUACAACCUUUGACUUGGGAGGUCAUCAGCAAGCCCGAAGAGUUUGGAAAGAUUACUUUCCCGCUGUAGAUGGAAUAGUUUUCCUGGUUGAUGCUUUUGACAGAGAAAGAUUUCAGGAGGCAAAGGCAGAAUUAGAUAGUUUACUGACAGAUGAACAAGUAGCCAAUGCCCCCAUACUGGUUCUAGGAAAUAAGAUAGACAAACCAGGAGCAGCAAGUGAAGAUGAAAUUAGGUACACGUUUGGUUUACAAGGACAGACCACAGGAAAGGGUACAGUGUCUCGGUCAGAGCUCCCCGGUAGACCUAUGGAACUGUUCAUGUGUAGUGUGUUAAAACGUCAGGGCUAUGGUGAGGGGUUCCGCUGGAUGGCUCAGUACAUCAAUUGAGGAUGGUGACUCCUAGGAAGCAAUGGAAUGAUGAGGUUGAAAAUUAUUUGCAAAUUGUGCAGCGUGAACUUGCACAGGACAAUAUGUGACUCCAUGACCUUCGUGAACUUCAAGUACAAUAAAUCAGAAAGGUCCAGAUCACAUCUUCGUAAAGUGAACUACUGGAGUCUUGCGUCUGUUCCAUUGCCACAAAAAGGAUAUUUUUUGUACUAUAACCAUGAGAUUUGUUGUGGUUCUCAUAGUGUUCCUGGUAUCACAUCAUAAGUAAUAACCUCUGACCUUCAUUUCACGUGAUUAUAGAUUUCGAUGUCAACUGAUACACAAUGCCUCUCUGCAGAGAACAUUUAAUUGGCCCUACUUUUGGACACUAUAGGUUAAAGCAUUUUUGUUUGUUAUUCAGCAUCAUUCAUGCAAUUGUUUUAUGGAAUUCAUAUAUAUAUUGUUUGAAUCACCCAUGAAGGAAGUUUGCAUUUAUGAAACACCAUGUAGAGAUAAAUACACACUUUCCCUCCAAGAAUCAGUUGAAAGUUCUUACAUUAUAGCUCCAAGCAGGUAUAUUUUUGUGAAGCGUAUGGCACACAGAUGGUUUUUUUUUGUUGUUGUUGUUGUCAAUGUCAGUUAUUUUAAAUAUGUAGGGCUUUUAAGGCAGAUUUUCUAUCCUUGUUAGAACAGGCCUUUAAAGUCUUUUCUGGAUCAACACACUUGGGGCUGGAAUGACCAACUACUGAAAACCAAAUUGGUCUUCCUAAGUGUAGCUAAAAGGAAUCAUUUUUUCAUGGGACAGCUACGGUUAAGAAUGUGUGUUUCAUAUAGCUUUUCACCCAAAAGAAUGUGAAUGUGGUCAAACACAGUGAUCAAAAAUCAAACAUUUAUGUGUCACCUUACUGCUUGAAGCUAAUAAUGAGUUUUUGUUUUACCUACCACCAGCAAGGUAUAUAGCACAACACACUGGGUCAUUGACUUAACAGUGUAUAAUUCUGUGGUGUCGGACAAUACUGAGAGAAAAUAAAUGUCAAGGGAAUAAGAAAACUUGCUUCUAGAAAUGGGAAAUUAUUUGACAACUGUUCAAUCUAGGUACAAUGUGACUUGAUCAUAUUACAUGUAUCAGUCUUAUAUCCAUCCUGGGUCGUGGAUGCUUUUGUGUUGCAUUCAUGUUUGAACAACAGUUCCAUCUGUAAGGAAUGCAAAAUUGCGAAUCCAAUGUAAUGUUCAAAUGUUUUAAUUGUCUUCUCUGAUGGCCAUUGAAUUGUUGAGGUAUACAAGUACUCUUCCUAUUGCCUUGUGUUGUAUGUAAUUUUAAGUGUGAGGGGGCAGAAUGGGCGUGGUUGUUUUAUUAUUGCGUAUACUGGACAUACUAGACAAUUGGGUAUGCAGUGUUGGUCUUGAGUUGAAUGCCCCAAAAGUUAUGUUGGGCUGUUUGUCUGGCUUCAGUGUUAAGGUGUGAAAAAGUUGCAACAUUUUAGCUAUAGCUUUGGUAACAGUAAUAUGCAAUUUCAUAAUGUAUAAUACAUUAAACUGGAAGAACUUUGGCAGGUGUCACGUGAUGUGAGUUCAAUCUGUGUCACACCUUUGUACAAAUGAAGCUCAUUGUGUGCUUACCAUUUUGUGAUCUUCUGUCUGAAAAUCUUUCACAUCCUGACUUCUAAGCUCAUCUGGCAGUAGAUAAAGGUUACCAUUGAUUAUGUAAAUGUUUAUAAGUUAGGGUGAACUAUUUCUCCAUGGCCUUCCCUGUAUCUGGACAUGGGAUAGACUAUAUAUCUAAUCCUCAAUGAGAAAUGUGUAGUAGUUGUAAUAAUGCAGAGAAUGAAUUUGUGUGUGGUGAGUAAAUGGAAGUGAUAACUGAGUAUACAGUCUCCAUUAAGCCAAGAGAUAACCUUUGAAUUUUUGUACUCCUCUUGCACUCUGCCCUUUGUAGGCUUGGAGAAAGCAUUUCCCUACAUAGCAGUACAGAGUUAUAAAUUUUAUUUAAUAGUAUAUUGUUUGCAGUUGUUACACAAGGAAGUACUCAUAAUAGUUCAGCCAUAUUUAGGACAUGGAGCAGGUUAGCCACAGGUUCCACACAGGAACUUGACCUGAGCCAAAAUUAAAGCCCUCAUUAGUAGGCCUAUGCUUAAGUUGUCGUCUAAAAGCCCAAAUUGGGAAGAAGUAGCUCGGCAUUAAUUUGGUGUUUGGUGGGGCUAACUCCUGUCCAAAAGCAAACAUUAAAAUGGCACUUGUUUUUGGUAAAAAUAAAAUUCAAAAAGGUAAUUUGGAAGCUGAUCCAGGCAGCUGGUGAAAAAUUGGUUUCAGGUAACCACCACAAUAGCGACCAACCACAGCUUACACAAAGCCUAUAUUAUGACUUUAGUGGUUGCUGUGGCAUGAAAGUCCGAGAGAGGUUCUUGAAACUUUUAACAGUGAUGGGUGCAUAGCAUCAGUUUGAAGGAUGUGGUUUGUUAAACGGGAUUAAUUUAAACACACAAACCCUAGAAACGAAACUUCCAAUACUCCACUUUGUACACACAAUGUAAAUGUAAGAACAGCUCUUUAUUGUUAUCGAGGCCCUGUUUCAGAAUUAGGACAGGAGUAUUUAUUAAUUGUACAUACGUUCUAAGGAGUCCGUUCUCUGGAGGUAAAGGUUGUUGGCUGGUACAGACGUGUCCGUGGUGGUUGUGGUACCGUGCCCCUGCAAUUCAGGAGCAUGGGGGUAUGAAAUCAAACAUUACCUCGCGUUAACAUCAAUAAACUUGCGUUUAAAUCCU